AUGGACACGCACGUUAAAGAAGGACAGCUUUAUGUACAACACCAAAAGUUCGGCAAGAAGUGGAAGAAGAACUGGUUUGUGCUGUACCCGGCCAGUCAGAAUGGGAUCGCUCGUCUGGAGUUCUACGACUGCGGGGGCAGCGGCAGUGAGAAACCCAGCACCAAGAAACUGGACAAGAAGAUCAUUCGUCUGUCUGAGUGCAUCAGCAUUCUGCCCGCCUUCACCGAAACCUGCCCCAAAGACAACAUGUCUGCUUUCUGCGUGGAAACCAAUGACAAGAAUUACGUGUUUGCAGCUGAGAAGCAGGUCGCCACAGAGUGGGUCGAGAAGAUGUGUGAGAUCGCUUUUCAGAAGAGUGGUUCUCCAAGUAGUAAUGACUCUAAUGGACAGCAGGAGCUUCAGAUGUCUGAGAAUUUGAUCUAUUACUCCAGGGAGGAAGUAAAUGAGUUCUGGGUAACUGUGCAGAGAACAGAGGCAUCAGAGCGUUGCAGCCUUCUGGGUAAUUACUUUCUUAAGGCAGAUGGAGACAGCCUUAUUCUAAAGGAUCCGAAGACCAAGAAAGACCUUCUGGUGUGGCCUUACAAACUGCUGCGUCGCUACGGCAGAGACCGGGUAAUGUUCUCAUUUGAGGCUGGGAGGCGCUGUGAGUCUGGGCCAGGGAACUUCACAUUUGAAACAAAGCAAGGGAAUGAGAUCUUCAUGAUUGUGGAAGGAGCUAUACGUGAGCAGAAAGCACAGGCUGAGGAACGCCACCAGAGCUGUCCAUCAUUUGAUCCCGACUGCCCCGCUCUCCAACAGAUCCGAAAUGCCAUUGCUGAGAGCAACAGCCGUGAGCCCGACGGAGACUCGGGUGGCAGCAAGCCCGGCUCGGCCGACGGAGUGUUCGGGAAGAGGGAAGGUGAUGGGAAGAACCUAAAGGGGCGUAGCCUACCAGAGCUCCCUGCCCCGGUGGGCGGAACCCCGCCUCGCUCCCCAAUGCCUCGUGGCCCUAAAAGCGGACCCUUACAAGAGGACCAGGGAAGUCUUUACUCUGAGCCUGCUGAUUCAGUGCGUCUGCCUGUCAUUUCUGGGGAAUGUCUGUAUUCAGACCCUGUGGACAGCAUCAAACCGGUGACACCUACUCCCAAUCCUCGUCUCAGACCCCUUGGUGAAGAAGGUGCCACUCGUCAUCCGGGCAACAAGCAUGACCCUUUCUAUUCGGACAUCUAUGAUCGUGUUAGCCUAGACUUGGCCCAAAGGACAGUGGUGAUGGGGCUGGACGGACGAGGGGGACGCUCUGCAGAUGGCAAUCCUACAGAGCAUAUUUAUGAUGAGCCUGAGGGAUGUGCAGGGCCUUUGUCAGCUGCCCCUGCAAUGACACUGUAUGAUGAGGCCAGGUUGGAGAACCAGCCCUGGAGGACAAGGGGUAUGGAGGAAUCCCAGGGACAUGAAGUGCCUUACAACCCAAACACUGAUGAUUACUCUGUCCCUGCCUUUAGUAAGAUGAAUCCUCCAACCGCCGCACCUCGGCCCAAGGGUCCUAAACCCCUUACGGCUCCCAAACCCAACAAGGCAGGCCUGCCCCGAAAAGAGCCCCCAACUCUGCCUCAGAGUAAAGCUGGACUUAACCUUAACAAUAACAACAGUGGCUAUCAUCAUAGUGGUGGAGGAGGAGGUGGACAGGUAGGGAAACACGUGGAGCUUUAUAGCAAGGUAUCCAAAAAUAAGCCUUCACCCAACACCUGGUACCCCAACCCUGCCCUGCGUACCCCAGACAUAAUCUAUGACAAUCUUGGUGACAUCUGAGACCAUUCUGUUGGAUCAAACUGGAAUUUCCACUCCCUGUCUCUGCUCCCACUUAAAGUUCACCUGGACGUCAAAGGAGCCCAUGUUGUAGAGCCUUUGUUUUUGCACUGCAAAUGAUUUGAACAUCCUUGCAAUAGUGGGAGAAAAGAUGGCUGUUUCACUCCAGGAACAGUAGACUGUCAAAUGGCAACCGGUAGUCCAGUGACUCGAAUCAAGAGCAAAGUGACAGAGAAGG